AUGUCAUCCUUUGAUGCCAGACACCCAGUCCAAGGUCUUCUUGGCGCCUUCCUCGCCUGGAAAGCUUUCCUGUUCGCCAUCGCUGUUGGAAGCGCCGUGGGCCCAGCCUACGAUACCUCGAGCACACUCAUCACGACAGGGAGAGCUUCCUACGAUGAAUCGCCGCUCGACCUCGCCACGAGGCUGACGCGAUGGGAUGCCAUGUAUUUCAUCCAGGCCUCUCGCAGAGGCUACUUGUUUGAGCAGGAGUGGGCAUUUGGGGCCGGCCUUCCCGCUGUUAUUUCGGCACUAGCCAAAAGUUCGCUUCUAUCAAGUAGUCGUACCGAGGACAAGACCCAACUAACAUCGAUAGCACUGGCCACUUCCGGUCUUGAGGCGGACGGCUCUCUCGAGUCCCUCAUUGGCAUUUGCGUAGCCAAUAUCUCACACCUUCUGUCGGUCUUGGUGUUAUAUCAACUCGGUAUGGUCGUCUUCAAGAACUCCCGGAUGUCGUUCGUCGCGGCUCUGCUCCACAUAUUGUCGCCGGCCGGCAUAUUCCUAUCGGCACCAUACAACGAGAGCCCCUUCGCCUUACUCUCUUUCACGGGCUAUUUAUUCUUCGCAAAGGCUGUGCUCGGCGAGAAGCGGUCACUAGCACACGAUGUGAGCCUGGUGGCAUCUGGCAUGUGGUUCGGCUUUGCUCUCACAUUCCGCAGCAACGGGAUCUUGAAUGGGAUCCCGUUUGCCGCCGAGCUUCUUCGUGAGCUCUCGUCUCCGCCGACCCUGGACAGUGUUCGAAGACGGGUGGCUCUGGUCGUCGGUGGCUCGGCCGUAGCAAUCGGGUUUAUCCUGCCCCAAGUUACGGCUUACCGAACAUUCUGCUAUGAGGCUUCAACCACUGAUUUACGGCCGUGGUGUACCCGACGGCUCCCCAGCAUCUACUCUUUCGUCCAGGAACACUACUGGUCAGUAUCCCUCACCCUAUCUAUAGAAGCCUCUAAUAUCCAAGUUAGGAACGUGGGCUUCCUCCGCUACUGGACCCCUCCCAACAUACCCCUGUUCAUUCUGGCUGCGCCUAUGUUGUACCUUCUAGGGAAGUCGGGAUUGGACAUACUGUCGAAGCCAGAUCGCCUUUCCACAGCCGUAACCAACCCGAGAGUAUUGUCGAAUACGAUUGCAUUGCUUCGGUCAAUGGCUUCAGCUCAGCUCAUCCUGACCGUCCUAGCCAUUACAACAUAUCACAUCCAGAUUAUCACCAGAAUCUCAUCCGGAUAUCCAAUUCUGUAUUGGUGGAUCGCAAACUGCUUGACCGAUUCCAAGAUUGCGCGCUUUGGUGGCAACGUUGUGGUCUUCAUGGUCAUGUAUGCCGGCAUCCAGGGGGCCCUGUUUGCUUCCUUUCUCCCACCAGCCUGA